AUGGACCCCAAGCGGCAGCGCUACGUGAUCCUCAUGUGCGUCGUGUUCCUCUUCAUCGUCGAGUUCAGCAUGUACAUCAUGGAGCCGCCGCUGCAGGCCAUCAUGGAGGACUUUGCCUGCCACGGCAUCUACCCCGACCACGCGGUCAACGACCCCCGCGCCGCCCCCGACCCGCGCUGCAAGGGCCAGGAGGUCCAGAAGACCCUCGCCAUGGCCCGCACCUGGCUGCUGUGGACCGGCAUGUUCGUCCCCUUGCUCGUGCAGAUCCCCUACGGCAUGGUGGCCGACCGGCGCGGCCGCCGGCCGGUGCUGUUCGCCGGGCUGCUGGGCAUCGUGCUGUCCACGGCGUGGACCAUCGUCGUGCUGCGGCGCCCCGACACCUUCUCCAUCUGGCACCUGCUGCCCGGGUCCGUGGCGCUGCUGAUCGGCGGCGGCACGCCGGGGGCCACGGCCAUGGUGUGGACCAUCAUGACCGACUCGACGUCGUCCGCCAACCGCACGUCGCUCUUCUACCAGAUGCACGCCAUGAUGCUCAUCCUCAGCGCCGCCUUCCGGCCCCUCGCCGCCUGGCUGCUGAGCAUCGACCCGUGGCUGCCCAUGUGGAUCGGCCUGGCCGCGCUGGUCCUCAGCAUGUUCUCCACCCUGCUCAUCCCCGAGACCCUGCCGCUGCGCCAGCAGUCCGCCCACCACGACCACGACCACGUGCGCCCGCUCACCAAAGCACGCGGCGGCGGCGGCGGCGGCGCGCUGGCAACGGCCCUGGGCACGGCAGCCCGCGAGCUGUCGCGGAUCUGGCGCUUCAUCCUCGGCUCCCGCAGCAUCAUGCUGCUGGUCCUCGCCGACGGCCUGCUGAACCCCAUCUACACGGCCUUCGAGAUGAACCUGCUGCAGUACGUGACGGUGCGCUUCGGCUGGGACUGGUCCGCCGCCACGUACCUGACGACGGUCAACAAGGUCAUCUCCGUAAUAGUACUGCUCGGCAUACUACCGCUGCUGUCGCGCCUCCUGACCAGGCGCCGCGCCAUGGCCGUCGCGCCGCGCGAUCUACUGCUAUCGCGCGGCUCCGUGCUACUCAUGACGGCCGGCAGCCUACUGACGGCCGUCGCGGCUGCGCUGUGGGUGCUCGUCGCCGCCAUGGUCGUCUACAGCCUCGGCUCGGGCUUCCCGCCGCAGCUGCGCGCGCUGCUGGCCGACCUCGUCGACCAGGACUCGCUCGCCACGCUGAACACCACGCUCGCGACGGCCGAGACGCUGAUGGGCCUCGCCGGCGUGCCGGCCCUCGGCUGGCUGCUCGCCAAGGGCUUCGAGAUCGGCGGCGGGUGGAUGGGCUUGCCGUUUCUGCUGUCGUCGGCGCUCGCGGCGCUUGCCGCUGCGGCCAUGUUUGCGUUUACGCUUCCGAGGGGCACGAUUGGCAAGGCCGAGGGCGGGUACAGGCUUGUCGACCAGCGCUCGCCGCGGGGAGUCGAUGGGGUUGCUGUGGAGGAAGGGUUGGAGCUAGAUUCGUCGCCGAAUUAUCAUUGA